GUUUACCGUGAUUGUUUAAUUUCUUUCAAUAACAUAAAAUUAAAAAAAAAAGAUGAUACAAAAAUUAUUAUCUAAUAUUUAUUAUUCAUAAUCAAUAAUCGUCAUAUAUAUGUUAGUCAUAUUAGGUAAUUUUGUAACUUUUAUUUAAGUAAAUAAUGGAAAUAUUCUUUUGUGCACUUUUAAUUAAUCAAUUUGAUAAUAAGUUUAAUUAAAUAUAAUAUAUGUUUAGAUGGAUCGACCUAUAUCAUAAAAAUCAUCAUUCUGAUAUCACGUGUCUAUGAAAAAACAUUAUAAUAAUUUUUAAUUAAUAUAUAAAGGAUAGUAAAUAGAAAUAUAAUGACAUAAAAGGAUCACUAAGUCGAUGAUCUUCCGAUCUAAUAACAUUAUGAACUUAUACAAAAAUGUACACCAAACUUACUAAAUUAUAACGUUUUUAUUACUUAAUAUUCUUUAAAAAAUACAAAUAACACGAAGGUCCCAUAAAACUGAAACUUAGUGGUCUUCUAAUUUGAAAAAGCUGAAAUUUUGAAAAUUCUUCAAAAAUCUGAUGUUUCUUUUCGGGUAGCCUUCAAAACCUAAUGUUAUUCUCUAUUAGAGAUUGAAUUAAUUACCCUAGUUCAAAAUACAAACAUUAGUCUAACAAUGAAAUGAUUAAUUACUUAUUCAAAAUCUCUACCAAACCCUUAUACAAAAUUUCAAAUUUGAAAAAUACUCCCCUAAAACAAACUCCCAAAAUAAUAGAAUUAGCCAAUUAGGUAUGACAGGAAUUUAAAUGACAUUGACUUUAGAAAAUGCUUUUCUACUGGCGUAAAGUAAGAGCUGAUAUCAGAGUAACCAGAAGAGAGAGAUUGAGACCAAAGUUUUAUUUGUUGUGUAGUCAUUUGUCUCUCGCAUCCCAUUUUUCAAAAAACUCCCCUCUCUCCUCUCCAUCACUCUUCUUCAUUUUACUUUCUAUAAAUCCAAAACUCAUAAACAAAAGAUUUUUGUCUUUCCAUCAACAUCACUUCCCUCAUAACUCUCCCCCAAUAACUCUCACUUCGUGUUCUUCCUCUGUUUUCAUUCCAUCACUUCCAACAAACAAAAAACACAAAAUAAUGAGUUCAAGAGCGUUCAGAGAAACACCAGAUAGCAACUACUUGGUCCCCAGGAGAUCUAGAGACCAACAAGACACCAGUCCUGACCGGAACCGGAUCUGGACCGAGCCUCGUCAUAAACCGACUCUUAACCGGAAAGUCCCUGUCGUCUAUUAUCUCUGCCGGAAUGGUCAGCUCGACCAUCCUCAUUUCAUUGAAGUCACUCUUUCUUCCACCGAUGGUCUCUAUCUCAAAGAUGUGAUAAACCGUUUGAAUGAUCUUAGAGGGAAAGGCAUGGCAAGUCUCUACUCUUGGUCUUCCAAAAGGAGCUACAAAAAUGGAUUUGUCUGGCACGACUUAUCGGAGGACGACUUCAUCUUCCCCGUUCAAGGUCAAGAGUAUGUACUCAAAGGCUCCGAGGUUCUUGAUUCUUGUCUCCUCUCUAACCCCAGGAGCCUCCUCGGAACGACGUCGUUUAGAGAUACGAGCUCUUUAAACCCAGAGAAAAACUCCAACUCCGUCUCGCCGGCGAGUCGCCGGCGUAACCAGUCGUGGAGCUCUAUCGAUCUCAGCGAGUACAAGGUCUACAAAGCAACAACCGAGUCCACCGCCGAGUCGACUCGCAGAGUCGCCGCGGACGCUGCCACGCAGACGGAGGAUCGAAGGCGGCGGAGAAAGCCGGCGAAGGAGGAGGAGGUGGAAAGUCCGGCGAGUUUCGAGAAUCAGAGCACUGAGCUGAGCAGAGACGAGAUUUCUCCUCCGCCGUCGGAUUCGAGCCCCGAGACUUUGGAGAAUCUGAUCAAAGCAGAUGGACGGCUGAUACUGCGUCAAAACGAGAGCGCCAGCGAACAUCGGACGGUCGAGAGCUUAUCGAGCGGGAGGAUGAGGGCUUCGGCUGUGUUGAUGCAGCUGAUCUCGUGCGGUACGAUGUCGUUUAAGGAGUGUGGGCCUGUUUUGUUGAAAGAUCAUGGGCUGUCGUUGACUGGGCGUACGGUAACGCGAGGAGCAGGGGAUAACAGUCUGGAGAGGGCAGAGAAGGAGUUAGCGAGUUUUGGAAGGGUGAAAUUGGAAGAUAAGGAGUAUUUUAGCGGGAGUUUGAUUGAGACCAAGAAGGAGCUUGUUCCUGCUUUGCAAAGAUCCUCUUCUUACAAUGCUGACAGGAGUUCAAGAAUGGGACCAACUACUGAAAAGGAUGAAGAAGAGGCUGUUCGAGCAAAGUGUAUUCCGAGGAAACCAAAGUCGGUGGCUCUAAGGAACAAUGGUGUGCAUCAGUAACAAAAAUCUGCAAUGAAACGGCACGGAGUCAGACAAGCUUAUUGCGUGGGUUUAAUAACAAAAAAAUGAAGAAUAGGGAAUGAUGAGUAGUUGUAACUUGUAAGCAUUGUAAUAUGUGUAGGUAACUACUACUAAAAACCCCAGUGGGUGCCCAAAAAGUUAAAGAGUAAACAUGAUGGGUACAUAUAAAAAUCUUGUAGUUUGAGCCUAGGUGUACUUUGAGGUUAAUUUCAGACUCGUUUUAUUUUACCGCAUAAGUUAUUGGGAAUCUCGCUUA